AUGAAUGAACGACUAACAUUAUCGACGACAUCUACCAUUCAGAAUUUAAUAAAUCAUCGUGUAAUUUGCUUGAGUUCCGGUAAAGAAAUUCUAUGCAAAGCAAUUAGUUAUUGCUAUCAUCUUUUAUUUGCAACAACUUAUGGAAAAUUUGAAGAAUUUGGAUGUGAUGAACCAAAAAAUCAACAGCUGAUCACAUUUGCCUAUACAUUACCAACUGAUAAUUAUCAGCAAAUAUGCAUUUCAUCAGGAAGUACAAAAUUGUGUCACUGUGCUGAAUCAAAAUGUAAUGAGCAAUGGAUUGUUGAUACAGUGCAACGAGAAUUGAACACUGAUCAAAUGCUGUAUUUACUGAUCGGACUAGCAUUUAUCAUUAUAUCAUGGAAUGUUCUUUUAUGUCACAUCAAUUGGCAAUGCAAGAAAAUUACACUAAGCAGUUUUUCACUAUUACUUUCAUGCAAUACUUUAACUAGCAUUCAAAAAUGUUCUCUUGUCUUUAAUACUCUAAAGAUAAUCGUUUUGGCAUGUUUACUUCUUGCAUCAUGGAUUCCUGCAACAAUAACCUGUAACAAUCGUGGCAUUGUAGGACGACAUAUAGUUGAGACAAUAUUUUUACUACAGAUAUUUAAUAAUUCGUCACCAUUAUCCCUAAUUUUUAUUCCAUUCGGUUUACUACCAUUAUUGCACAUUACAAUUCUUGCACUAUGCAUGAUCGUUACAGUUAAGUCAUUUAUGAUACUUACUUUUUUUUUAAUGAUAAUUAAUCUUUAUCUAAAUAUUUUGCUAUAG